GGAGGAAGAAGGGAUGUCACUAGUUAAUAACCUCAGCCUCCCCCUGCCUGUCAGCAUCAUGAUCGCAGAAAGCACCGGGAGCUCUCCACGGAAGGAGCCGCGUCGUGAUGACCGACAGUGAGCGGAGCUGCAGCCCGUGACGCCCGAGGUUUCCUCCACCCAGCCGGGUAGAUAUCUCAGCGCAGCGCGGUGGGAUCGCUGGAGCCUUGGCACACACACACGCACACACACGCUCAGAAACUGCCUCCGUAUCUCCAGAGUGCACUUCGAGACUAUUCCUCCGAGGCUUCUCCUUCUCUCCAUCUGCGGAAUUGAGAACUUCGGGGGGAGCAGACCGCUGCAGGCGGAGGAUAAACGGACCCACGGAUAGGUGUCCGCCGGCCGGCUGCGCGUCUUUCUGCGGCGCGCAAAGCGGAGCUGCUGGAAGUGUUCCCGUCCCUCCUCACUAGUCCUGUACUCCCCCCUUCCCCGAGCCCUCUGACCGGGCGUCCCGAACGCGACCAACAUGGUUCUUCUGGGGUUCCUGCUCGCUUUUCUCCUCCCAGGUGUGACACUCUCCACAUCCCAGAUAUUCCCCUUCCCAGCUCCUGUGACCGACUGCGUUGAAGCUCACCGUGUGUGCUCCACUGAGCCGCAGUGCGAGGCGCUCUACCGAGGCUUGGAGCUGUGCGCGGUCGAUGCGGCAGUCGCACCGCUAGGGGAACAAGAAGCAUCUGAGUGCCUGGAGAGACAGGACGCCCUGUUGGCCAAACACCCGUCACUUCUGGCCUGCAAGUGCCAGCGUGGCUUCAGGAAGGAGGAGCGGUGCCUCCGCAUAUACUGGAGGGUUCGCCUCCUGCCAGGAAGGGAGGAGCUGGAAAUAUCACCCUAUGAUGACUCCAUGAUUGACUCUCGCAUGGCCUCUUUAAUGUCCGGUUCAUCCUUCAUGCAGCUGGAUGGUGAGAACCAGUGCCUGAAAGCAGCACAGGACUGCGGCCUGUAUGAGAAGUGCGGUGCUCUUCGAUCAGAAUACGUGUUGGCCUGCACAAAGCCAAUGCCCAACACCAGCCGAUGCAACCAGUACAAGUGCCACCGGGCCCUCAGGCGCUUCCUGGAGCGGGUGCCAGAGGAAUACAGCCUGGGCGUCCUGUUCUGCCCCUGCACCAACACCCUGUGUGGAGAGAGGAGGAGGAAAACCAUCGUACCCUCCUGCUCCUACCAGGAUGCAGAGAGUCUGCAGCCUAACUGCCUCCACCAGCAGAGCUUCUGUCGCCGAGACGACCUCUGCAGGUCCAGGCUCGCUGAUUUCCUCAGUAACUGCCAACCAUCUCAUCUGACAGCCAGCGGAUGUUUGAAAGACUCAACAGGCCUCUGCCUCCGAGCCUAUGCUGGGCUUAUAGGAACCAUCAUGACUCCCAACUACAUCAGCAACAACUCUGCUGACGUGUCGCUGUGGUGCAACUGUGAGGGCAGUGGCAACCAGUGGCAGGAAUGUCUGCGACUGCAGCGGCUUUUCACCCACAACAGCUGCCUACGGAACGCCAUCAGCUGGAUGGGAAGCCCAGGAUCGCUGCCCUCUGACCCCAGUCAGCCCCCCGCUCCCAGACCGUCUCCACUGGUCCAGAAGGACGAGCUGCUGAACAGUAACCGCCUGCCUGAGCUCAACAAUGAUGUGGUCGAGAGUGAGGAAGAGGAGGAGUUGACACAGACGGUGGAAGAGGAGGAGGCUGAUGAAGGUGGCCAGUUUGAUGUGAUCCCUCUGUACUCGGAAAGGGCCACCGUCUCCAACCUGGGCUCAUCUGAAGCAGGGGGCGCUGCAGCGCCCAGCGCCAGCCCCACUAAACCAGUACUGCUGCUUUUUCUGCUCCUAACUACUGCCCACAGCUGGGGGUAGAACAAUAUAUAGAAGAUACACACACAGACAUAUACACACCCAUACAUGUACACACUCACAUCAAAUGGUUCCGCAAAUAACACUGAUUGCUGAAAAGGUUCAAGAAACAGUAGGAAGAAAUGAACUUUGCUUUUCUUUGUCAGAAGCAUCUUCUUGGUUCUUGACUCCUGUCUUUGUUUUCGUUCUUCACUCCAAACAUGACAAACAGCACUUUUUAUUUAUUUGGCUCUGACUGCAGUCACUGGGGGUAGAGGGGGUUCCACAUGCUACCUAUAACCAGUGAGCAUACUUUAAUAUGUACUUAAAAUGAGCACACAGAUAAUAGUUUCUUUGUUUGAAGUGGGACUGACAGGAUCUGUGAACGGCUCCUUCACAUUAGCUUAAAUUAUACAUCGGAAAUCUGCUGAUGCGUAAGCAAGUAGCCAAAACAAAGUGUUCACAGAAUGUCUACCACCAGCACUAGCAAUUUGCAAACAUGGCACGUGUUUGAAAAUGGGUAGAAAAGUUUUUAAAGGUUUAGCAUGGAGCGAGUUAUUUAUUUAAAAUCAGCACAUUUUGUAAAUUUGCCCUGAUAUUUAAUUAAUUAUCAUUCAGUUUUAUAGUGUAAAUGCUAGUUACAGCUAGAAUACCAGGCAGGGUGUCAUCCUGUGUGGAGCUGUCUCUCAGCUCCUCCAAAUGAAGGAGAACAUGGAAGUCUGCCUCGGGGAAAUCACUUUUGAACUCCUUAAAAUUAUGGCUUUUAAUUCCAAAAUGGGAUUCCAAUCUGUAUUCCACUCAGCUGAGCAGGACGUCAGUGGGGCGAAUUAAACUACCUGUGCUUCUGUAAGCCCAGAAUCAGAAAAACGAAACCCUACAGGGAAAGAACUUUUGGACUUCAUUAGUUAUGUUUUCAUCCAAUUGUCAUGUGACUUUUGAGAAAACUUUUAAAUUCUUAUAAAAAUUUAAGAAAAACAAUAUAGGUAUGGAUAUAGAAAUAUUUCAGAGUUUCGUGUCUCUGGUAAGGCACAGACCAGCCAGUAGAUGGGAUGGUUUGUUACAUCAGAAUGUAAUUGGCAAACAUGUUUCCAUCUGCUUUAGCUCAGUAACUAUUUUUUCAAAAACCAUCUCAAGCAACAUUAAAAGUUUGCAAAAUUAUGGAAGUUAUUUUGAAUUUUGCCAUUUUUAUUAAAUGCGAUACUGCAAACAAACAAAAGAAACAAGACAUUGAUGGGUAUGCCACAAUAGUCAAAACAGGAUUUAUUAGGAUGACUUCUGGAGGCAGUUAGUUGUACUGGAUAUAUUUAGGGGUAUCAGAGUAAAGGUGGUCAAAGAACACGUGACAAUUUCAGAUUUUUAUUUAAAAAUAUAUUUUUUUGUAUGAAAACUGAAUUGGCCGGGACGAGCUACUGAUGGUGUCUGUCUGAGAAGCUUUUUUGUGCAUCCCAAAAUGUACGGAAUAAAAAACAUGUCAAAGCUCAUAAAGUCAAAUAUUGUCAUAUCUUUAGUGUAGAAUUCAUCUAUCCCACUGCAUAAGGUAUUUUAAUUUGUUCAUUUUUAUUAAUUAUUUACAUUGAUAAGAUACAAAUUUUGAUGCAAUAAAUCACCUUUUGUUUUUUACAUACAAAAGUUUCAAGUGUAAUCUUUGUAUUCAUGUGUUUCCGCUACGCCCAGGAAUCUGACACACAAGCGACAGCCGCUAACCGCAGACAACCACAUGGCAACAAUGGGGUGUUCAUUUGUGCUUCAAAAACCGAUCUGAUUGGACGCUGGAAAAGACUAUUAUGUUCAAGUUGUGCUAAAAGGAGUUAGCCUAUAAACAAAGAUAUUCAAUCCUAAGAUAGCAUCUCAAUGCUAAACAUGUAGCCGCAGCAGAUGCUAACGCUAAUGUCAACGUCUACAGAAGCUCCAUGAAUGAUCAGGAGUUCCUGAAAUGGAUAGAAUAACAUUUUGCUCCAAUCUGAUGGUUGGAGAAUGUAAAUAAUAAAUGAAAAAACUAUAAAUAUAUUUGUUGUUGAGCUCACAUGUUUAUUUAUUCUGUAAUUUAGCAGCAAAAAGGGGUUUCUGAUGUGAAAUGUUAACUGUUUUGUCAAUAUAUAGUCUUCGAUUAAAAUGCAAUUAAUAAACUACACACUCUGGAAUUAACUCCAUUAAAAAUUUGAAUCCAGUCCCACCACUAGUUUGAAUUCAUGCAGAUGAGUCAGUAAGUGAGGAACUGGUGCAAACUGGUUUAAGUGGUUGCAUGUGAAAACCCCACAGCUUCGGUCAGAGCCUGUUGUUGGCCGCACUGGGUGUGAAUGAGUCACCCUAACCAUGACUGAGAGGGACUGGGCCAUGGGGGGUUAAUGCUCAUGAACUUUGUUGCAGUGAUAUUCUGAGUUCUCCAGACUCUCCAGCCAGCAUGAGUGACAGACGCUCAGUGUGUGAUGAACGUAGGGCAGCAGGUUGGUGAUCUGUGUGUUUGUGUGCGAGCAUUCAGGCAUCAAACAUGCAAAUGUCCUUUGUUAUAAUUCGACCCUAGCACUUCGUCAUUCCCACCCACGUCAGCACUGCAAAACAAAAGAUGCAUACACACACAUUUGCACACACGGUCCCCCCCCCCCGCACAUUCAGCCAAUGCAGCUCUUUCUGGCUUUAUUGCUCUAUUGCUGUCCCCGUCCUCCUCCCAGGUGAUGCAGGACCCGGGCCCCGCCGCUACAGGCGCUGAUAUGAAUUAAGCCGUCAUAAUAAAAACAAUACACAAGAAACAAUAUGAGCUCUAAAAUAAAAUGGCAGAACAAAUCAAAUUGCUCCCCAGCAGGCAAAAAAAACAAAACAAAAAAAAAAAAACAUACAGACUUGGAAUAAAAAAACUCACUUCUGACAAAGACUGAGACACUGUAAAGGGAAUGAGAAAGAGAGAUAUGAAGGAGAAAUUAAGAAAAAAAAAAAUAAGGCCAAGUCCCUGUGUGGUCUUUGUGCGUUUGAUGUUUUACUUGUUUUAGUUGGGAGGCUGAUAAUCAGUCCCUGACAACAUCUCUUUAUCAUCUGACAGGCUCCUGUGGAGGGGGCAGGGUGGGAGGGGUGUGUAUGUGUGUGUGGUGUAGGGAGGUGUACAUCAGGCAGUUUUAGAAACUGUGCUAUAGCGAGAACAGAAAGGACCCUGGAGCACAAACAGCAGAGAGAAUCGCAGGCUCUUGAUUUUCUGUGUCAUAUAAAUCUUUUGCUGACACAAAAUUUUUUUCCCCUCUUGUUCUUUUUUCUUAUUCCUGGGGAGUGUGUGAAAUUAACUUCCAUCUUACUGGUGGCAGUGACAGCGGAGGGCAAGGGGGAGGAGGAGGAGUGGGGAAGAGGAGAGGCUUGACAGGAGAGGAAGAGCGGAAGGAAACGAGAAAGACUCCAGCAACUUACAGGAGACAACAAUGGAGCUAGUUAUUAGGAAGAAAUGAAAAGACAAAUUAUGGGGAAAAUUAAUUAAUUCAAAUUAAAUCAAAAGGUACUUCAUAGCUUAAGGGUGUGAUGACUAAUAGAACCAGGUUUUUACUCAUUUAGAAAUGAAAAAGACACAAAAGGGCAAGAAGAACGAGAUGCACACAGGAGAAAACAAGAGAAAAAGUGCAAGAGGUCAAAAAAAGGAAAUGAGGUCAGAAAACAGUUUUAGAAGAGAACAGCUACAAAUAAAUAGAGAAAGCAGAGGAUGAUCCAUGAUCAGUGGGAGAGGAGAAAAAACAAACAAAACUGGAGGAAAAUGCAUUUAUAUACAAAGUUUCUAAAAUAAAAUGACUUUUCAGUAAUAUUCUGAUUCAUUGAUGGGCUUGUACUGUAAUCAUCCCAAUGCUCUGUAUAUAUAUAUAUAUAUAUAUAUACAGUAUAUAUACAGUAUCACUUAGUGAAACACAUUAUAUUACACAGAGUUGAAUGUUUCCCAGCCUUUAUUUUUUACUAAUUAUUAUGAUUUUCCUGUUGCAGUUAAUGAAAACGUGGCAAUGUUGUUAAAAGUUAUUAUUUUCAAGAGGUACUUUUAAUCUAUAUUCUAGUUUAUUGAAUAUGACAGGUGGUUUUAAUGGAAUCAGCAGGACUAAAUUGGUCCCUGAGAAUAAAGAGUGUGGGUCUCUGUUAUAAACACCAUGGGUUAGAUGCAACUGUGGAAUUCUGAAAUCCAAAUAAAAAAGCACAACUAACUCCUGGCCAAAUGUCAGAAUUAGUCUUUAAAAUAAUAUAAUUGGAGAAUCAUCUUUAGAUGUUUCCAUCUUUUUAUUCCCUUUUUAUGUUCAGCAAAAAGGAAUAAAUCCCCAGUAAGUGCUAGUGAGGAGAAGAGGAAGAGUAGGGAUAAUAGAGGAGGAACGACAAACAAAGACGAAGAGGAAGAAAAAGUUUUCUUUGUGAAGCCAGGAAGGAAACGCUGCCAAGGAAUGAAAGGAUGAGAGAGGGGGGUUAGGUUCUUUAACCUUCCUUUCUUCUUCCUCAGGCCCUGUGUUAGGCUCAGCUGCUGAGCAACACACCCCGCCUGAAGGGCCUUUCUGACCCAACAUGGCCCUCACACAAAGACUUUGUCCAUCACUGAAAGCAAUCUUUCCACAGAAUGCAGAGUUCUCCAGGGAUUUGCCUUUACUUUGUUAAAGUGUCGACUGUGCUGCGAUCACAGAGGCAGAGAACGCUGUUUACUUGGAGGUUAAAAAUUCUAAUUAACAAACAGGCAACAAAACUAACAGCUUCAUUGUAGUCAGAUAAUAUAUUAGGUGUUUAGUUACUUAGAGGGAGCCCGUGUCAUUGGGUCAGCCCCUCCCCAACCUGUUGACACUUGUCUACAGUGUUCAACUGAACAUGUGGGAAAUAAACCGACUGUGUGUAACAGUUAGCAAUUCUGCAUUAGAUAUCAGCAUGUGAUAAUGCAUAUUUAAUUAUUAAUAAGAAAGAUAAAUAUAAUGUAGAAUAUCAAAUUUUUCUCAAUUCUUCCAACUAGACCAAGUUCUAAUGAGCUCUAGGAGCCAUGUGUGGCCCUUGGAAUAAGUUUGUACAGCCCCUGUGUUUUCAAAUUAGGUUUCCAUGGCAAGUUUACAUCUGCCUAAACGGAAGAUAAGUAAGUGUUAAGAACAACACAAAGGUUUUUUUUCUUUCUCUUUUUAUUUUAUAGAAAGACCUGCGAAAAAUCCUGCGACCUUUUACUCGGAAACACACUUGGGAACAUUCACCCAUUACAUCGGCUAAACAUAGUGAAGGUCUUAAAAGGAAAAUUCCUGUUUUUGUUGCUGGAAAUGAACUAAAAACAUUUUAUUGACCAAAAAAGUAGAAAACAACUGGCCCAAAAAAGUUAAAUAAACAUAAACAUUACGGCAAAUGUCACACUAACACUUCAUGAAAAUAUUACCUGUUUAAUUCAUUGCUGUGCAUUCCUCUUGCUCUAAUUUUAAUUGUUCGACAUUUGGGACACAAACUGAACAGCUUUGUUCAUUUUCUCUGCUGCUAUUCCUAAAACUACAGACUGCAUUUCUAAAACAGCACAGAAAAUUGACGUCAACAUUUACAAUAUCUCCUUCUGUUCACUGAAAGGCCCGAUUGAAAUUCAUAGACAAAUCCAUCUCAAUGGGAGAAGCUCUGAGGGGUGAUGAGAAUCGAGCAAAAUUGCUGGGGAAGGCAAACAAUCAAUCAAUCAAUCAAUCAAUCAAGUUUAUUUGUACAGCAUAUUUCAGCAACAUAUAACAUAUAUAAAUACAUCAUAUUCACCAGUUUCACCAGUUGUGAAAAACAAUAACAAUAAUUUCUGGCAAUUGUCAAGCUGCGUUUUAUGAACAAUAACUGACCAGUAGAGUCUUAACAUAACAUAUAUUUUUGUCAAUUCCUCUUAUUACCUAAAACUAAAGUCAAACUCCAUGGUUUAAGUUUAGGGAGUAGGAAAUGCUUUGUUUCUGUGAAAGUGACAGAACUGAACUGACUGAGCUGCUCUGUUGAGUCUGCAGCCAUGUGGACGGCCUGAUGUUGGACAGUCCAGCUUCUGGACUGUCUGGACUGUCCAACAUCCCUCUGUCCUCCAUCCUGCCUUUACAUAGAUUAAGGUAGCCGGGUCAGCCCCUCCCUCACCUCCUACCACCCAGUAGCGGGGGUUAAUAGAGAUCAGCGGGGGGGAGCACACGUCUGAUUGACAUGGCCGACGGGGACCGGGGCGAUGGCUUUUUACCGGGGCCUGUUGUUCAUUUUAAUUGUUGUCUCAGCUCUUUGUCGUCGGGUGGAGACCCGGAGGGCAGGAAGACAAGAGGGAUGGACAGGGGGGAGAGUAGACGGGAGGGAGUGGACACUAGUGAUUUACAUUAACAUGUAGUGAAAUAAACAAGCAGAGAAGUCAAGCGUUAAAUCAACUUGGAGAGAGAGAGACGGAGAGAAACCCUCCAGGGUGAGAGGGGAACAGAGAGGAGGAGAAUGUGUGUGUGCUCCAAAACAAAUGCUGUUUUAUUGUUCUAUUAGCGCGCACUGGAUUUCCAUGCAGAAUAGCACACACACACACACACACACACACACACACACACACACACACACACACACACCCACUGUCAGAUUUGAAUGUCUAGAGUCUCUGUUUUCUCUCUCCAGUAUUUUAGCAUUCUAAUCCAUCACUGGCCUGACAUGGGGAUGCUGUCUCCCUCUCUCCCUCCAUGCUGCUGCUCAUACACGCCAUCCGAACGGAAGAUAAAGGCAAAGCAGCGGGAAAAACAAACUCCACAGCAGGGAGAGCUUUAUCCAGACAGAUAAAGCGGUGGAAAAAAGCAGCGACGGAGAGAUACAGUGGAAGUGGAAGUGGAAGAUGUGGAAGGACAGCAGAAAAAGGGGAAGUAAGCAACUGAAGAGGGAGAGGAGGAGUGAAAGAGUGGAGAUGAGAGGAAAACAGAAAAAGAGUAGUAAAUCAAAGCAGAAAGAGAUGGCGAGUGUGAAGGUGUGUGUGUGUUGCAAUGAGUUGCGGCUGAAGUCUGAACCUCCCUGCUCCAUUUCACACUCUGUAGGUCCUGACGCAUCAGUGAUAGAAGACACACAUACUGUCAUCCAUACACACACACACACACACACACACACCCACACACACACGUACAAAGGCUGUGUCCUUCCUUUUCGAUUUCAGAUCCACAAAAACACACACUUGCUGUGAUUUCUGAAUCAUUCAUAUGAAUAAAGACAGAAGCACAGACACACAGUCCUGUCUGCUGAACUGGAGUCCUGCAGCUUUAACCCUCCAGACUUGAGAGAGGAGUUCCCUCAUUUUUUUAAGGCACUUAUGUGACUGCUCAUGUGCAGAGCUGCUAGACGACUAAACUUCUGACACCAAUAUACAGUUAAUUACAUUACAAUAAAACACCCUCAGCAUUGCAGUUUGAUAAAGGAUUUUAUUUCUUUAUUUUUUGCUUUAGUUGCCAUGGUGAAGUUCUGUCCUGCCUCAGAUCAUCUCCUGCGGAGAACAGGAAUUAAAGAUUUUAUUUAUUUAUUAUUACAAAAGCAUUUUUGUAAAUUUAUUUGAAAAAACCCAAAUAAACUUUGACAUUGUUUACUAUUUUGGACAUUACACAAAGCAGUAUAUUUAUCUGGACUCAUAACAUCUUAUGUUUUUGCUUUUUUCUGACCUAUCAAGUCUUUGGCCGAUCUUUGUAAGUUGAGUUGAAGUAGAUUUAAAAUACAUACAAAAAAAAUUAUAAAAUUUACCAGUAAUAAUACCCAGUUGUGGGUACACUUCCACUAAUCCGACAAUGUGCUAAUAGUGGAGCUAAUUUCUUGUUUAGCACUUCAGCGCUUUUAGCUUUGAAAAUGUUUAGCGCAUCUUGUUUCCCCUAAAUGUUUCCAUAUAGAUCCUAAAACUCUGAUUUACCGGACUGUUUUCUAAACUUUCAGUUGAAUAAAGUACAGCAUGUUAAGAAAUCUUGAAAUAGUUGGUUUAUACUCAUGCUCUUAUUUUGAAGUGGUUGAACACUGUACGCAGCAACUUUGUUUCCUGUCACGUUUUUUUCUUUUUUCUGAACUUCGAUUGAAUUUACAUUGACACAAAUCAAAUUCAAAUCCAGUGUUAUUUUUAUGUUUUUUUGUUUUUUUUCCUGUGGUGUCAGUUAGCCGCAGUCAGCUAGCACUGAAUGUAGCACCUUUUCUCCAAGUUACAACCACAGUGGAGACGAGUCAGAAUUAGCGCCUUAAAGAAAUGAGAUAAAACUUCAGAGGGAUGUAAAAACCAACCUUAAAGCUUGUUAUCAUGAAUUACUUCUGCUCAUACUGUAGCAAGACUGUAGCAGUAAAACCUCUGAAUGUAUCGUGGCCUGUAUUGGUUAUGAAUGAAGUGUUUUUUUGUUGUUUGUUUUUUGUGUUGAAUCUUUGAUCAGUGUGUUACUGUUCUGUUCUUAAUGUAAGAAACGCUUCGACAUGCACAGGUUCGGUUCAGUAACAGCAGUUAACGGAUCUAUCAAGCACCGUCUGUUAUCAAUUCGGACAUUUUGUGUAAAAAAAAAAUUGUGUGCUGUUAUAUCUUUUACCCUUCAUUCAUUAGCAUUUCUGGCAGUAUAUCCAUAUAUUCCCACACCUAUAUGACGAUAUUGAUGCUGCUAAAGGAGAGUCUCCAGUCCUCUCAUGCUUAACACUGAGUGGGAUCAGCUCUGAACAUUUAAAGAGACAGUACAGGAUAAGACGUGGAGCUGGUGGCCGCCCUCGUGCGCCUCCUGAACUCUCAGAAAGACUCUCUCCUUCGUCCCACAUGGAUUGCUACUUCAGAUAUCUGCUUGGUGGUUUUUUUUUUUUUUGUCUCUUUAGCUGAAUGUUGUUUUUUUUCAGCCGUAACAGAUGCACCAUCCUUUUACUGUCUGCAAUUCGUUGCCAUGGAUACCCGUGUCUCACCUAGGCUGCUGCACCCCGGGUGAUCCCAAAAGGUAAAUGGAGCUGAAUGAUCUUCGGAAGUCUUAUUCUUUUCAAUCCAGCAGCACCUGGUGGGGCACGCCAACCGUUUUCAUGUUUUUCCCUCCCCGAUUUGACUCACUGAGUGAAACCCGUUCCUCCUCCUCCCCCAGCUCUUAUCCCGGCAGGUGCCUGGCUGAAUGGGACAUCAUCGCUGCGGAGAUUGAGGCGAUGACACACACACACACACGCACGCACACACACCAAGCGAGAGAGCACACACAUGGGCUCAAACAGUCACAGACUUGGAAAUGAGGCUGGCUUUCAUGAGCGAGCGGCUGCAGUCUGAAAGGUCGUCUCCUCCAAACAGAGACAGUCGUGAGGACUGAGCCGUCACUGGAGGGGAACUCUGUAGAGACGGACAAAUCCCCCCCUACCCUCACCCCUGUUUGAGUCUGUCACCUGUUCCCCUGUGCUAAUUCUACACUACAGCCAGAAACUGUUCCAUGUAAAUGCUUUUGAAGAACGUUGACCGCUGCCACCUCCAGCCCACUGCCCCCGGCUUCCUGUCUACAGCAUGUCAGUGUUCGGUACAUGAGGGAGUCGGAGCCCACAGGACGGCCUCUUCCAUGUUAGUGUGUUAUUUUCUUACGCUCUGUUGGGCCUGUGCUUUUUUUUUUUUUUGCUUCUUCGAACUGUUGAUGACUGUUUCAUAAGCACACAAACCUCAACAGGCCCUCUGGCAAACACAUAGGGAGAAGACUGAAAAAAAAAAGAUGGAUGCUCUGGCCCUGGUUGCUACAGAUCAGAGGGUGGUUUCCAAGCUGUGUUGUUUUAAAAACUUGGUAUCUCAGUGGGCGUAUAUGUGGCCUCGCAUGAAAUAUUUCAAUUUCCGAUCAUCCGGUGUCAUUUUGCCCCGCUGAAUGUGCCCUGAGGGAAUAUGAAGCACUCCAUGCCUCUGCUGUAUUCACCUGUGAAUAAUAAAAUAAAUGUACAAGCUGACCUUUCUUUA